AUGAUCCAGCGAGAGACGAAUAUCCCUGAUUCAGAGCGUGUAAACGCCAUCAUCGUCGCGUCUCCCACCGGAUCGCACUAUUCCAUCGUAUUAACCGCUUUAGAGAACGGUUUUCACGUGAUCUGCGAAACGCCUCUCUGUUUUUCAGAAGAAGAAGCGUUCAAAUUGGCUCAUGUCGCCAUCGAAAAAAACCUCAUUUGCGCAAUCUCUCAUCCUUACUGUUACUACGGCAUGGUCCGCUAUGCCCGCGAUCUCAUCGCCAACAAUGCCAUCGGCGAAGUGAUCUCCAUCCGUGCUUCCUACCUCCAAAACGCCGGAAUUCUCGAGAAAGACGCGAGUUCGUGGCGCUUCGUGAGCUCGCAAGGUGGGAUCUCGUACUGCUUCUCGGACUUGGGGGUGCAAACCUAUCAAUUAAUCGCGUUUGUCACGCAAUUGACCCCCACGCGCGUUUCUGGGUGUCUUUCCCGCACGUACACGAAUCGAGCAACCGAUGACAACGGAUGUGCAUUGCUGCAGAUGAAGGAAGGCGUGUUUUGCGACAUCCACGCUUCGAAAACGUCGCUGCUCCACGACAAUUUUCUCUCGAUCGAAGUCGACGGAACGACCGGCGCGAUUCAUUGGGACCUCGAUUCGCCCAAUCAGCUCAUUUAUCAGCGGAUCCACAUGAACAAACAGGUGCUGACGCCGGAUUCGCCGCCGGUGAUGGACCAUCUGCGCGGGCGAUACAAUCGAUUGCCUCGCGGACACGCGGAGGGAUUCGUUGAAGCGAUGGCGAACAUGUACGACGCGAUUUUCAACGCGAUCGAUCUCUCGGCGAGCAAGAUGAUGCGGUCGAUUCCUGCGGAUUACGUUUGGUUGCCGAGCGUGUUGAGAGGCGUGGAAGGCGUCGUGUUUUUGAAUCGCGUGCUGGAGAGCGCGCAGCGAGGAUCGUUGUGGAUCGAAAUGCCGCCGCCGCCGACGUUUGAGUCGAUUGCAGCGACGUCCGUAAGCGCUCCGGCUGUGAAUAAUUUCAAUAAUCCGCUGUCGAUCAAUUAUUCGAUGAUGAAUCCGUUGCAGCCGAUGAAUUUGGGUUUGAUGCCCUCCGUAGAUGAGCCUAGCAUUCCUCCAGAUCAAACUGGUGUGUGGCGUGUUUGUUGA